CCUGACUAUAUGAAUAAAAAUGUCAAGAAAGAGGUGUGGGUUCGUAUUUUUCGUGAAAUGUAUCCUGACUGGGAUGAGAAGGCGCGUGGUUUACGGAAUAAAAUUGGUGAAGAUGUUAAAAACCGUUGGCGGUCUUUGAGGGACCAGUUUCGACGCUAUGAAAAUGCUAAAGAACAGAGUGGUUCAUCCCCUAUCAGUCGCAGACGCUUUGCCUACUAUGAGUCCCUGUUAUUUUUACGCUCUGGAAGAGAGCUUCGGCCAUCUAGUGGUAAUGUUGGUGAUACCAAUCAACCUGAAGAUGAAGAAACCAUUACCCUAGACUCUUCACCAUCCAUGAUUAAUACAGAAGAUGACCCUCCUUUGGAAAGCAAUCAAGCGGCUUCGGGUGGCCCUUCAACUAGCCAUAUUCGGGCAAAUUUGCAGAGAGGCAGACACCAAUCACGUGAAGGGGGUUUCAAUGUUAACAGGCAAAAUUUUGAGUUUGAGGCUCUGUCUAUGCUGCAGAGAGUUGAAAAGGAGGAUGAGUGGGACCAUUUGGCAUGUACCUUGGCUUCUCGCCUUCGUAAGCUGCCAGUUGGCCGCCAGUGGCACUGUGUUCCUAUUCUGUUUGAAGUAGUUGAAAUUUUUAAUUCCCCUAAUCCGAUUCCCACUAACUUAGAAAUAAUAACAGAGCUAAAUAAGCUUAAACAAAGUAGAUGCCAGUCGAUUCACUCUGCACCCCAUGUAGCCCCACAAUCAAGUGCCACUCUUUCCUCCUCUGAGGAUCAACCUCACAUGUUGUCCCAGCCUUCUUCCUGCCCAGCCUCAAUAAGAGAACCGUCUCAUGUAUCUUUAAAUUUAGGCAGAUGUUCUAGUUUUCGCCAAAUGUUGGACUUUAGUCCCCCAGAUUCUGACCACUUACCUGCUUUUUCAUACUGUCCAACAAAUCGGUCAAGUUCGCAGCCAUCAGACAAUGUUACAUCACCUGAUGCUUCGCCACCAGUAUAUCAGGCAUUGUAGCGACAAUGUUUAUUUUUUUAUAUGGCUUUUCAGUU